AUGUCUUAUUCCCACGUUGGUGACCACCCCUUCCCCCAGGAGGGUCCCAAGGACGACAUCUGCGAUUAUAUCGACCAACCUCUCGAUCUUAAUCAAGAAAACAUUCGGCUUUUUGAACAGCAGCAGUACCAUCAGAACCAUCCGGUGCACUUUCAGCAGUACUCUCCACAAAAUGGUCCCAUGUACCAGGGUUCCCCUCAGCCCUAUAUCGAACAAGGAUCUCCAGCGCCUUAUAUAAAGCAGCAGCAUUCCUCCCCUAUUCCUCAGUGGCAGGGCCACCCCAACGGCGCUUACGUGGAGGGUUACCCCAAUGGGAACGGCGAAGCCUACCAGAUGAACUACGUUUCCAAUGUUCCACAGGAGCCUCUUUUAAGAGCUGAAUCUGUGAGCUCGACACAACUUUCGGGAGAAAGAGAAGGCGCCAACCUCGCCUCUCAGUGGAACCAAGGGGCUCAAAACCCCAACGGUGUGGGAAACAAUACGGACAGCUCGUUGCACCUGGGGUCCCCGAACGACUACGGUAACGAGAAGGGGAAGUCGAAGAAGCCUCGCGCACGGAUCUUAACCGACAAGGAGGAGGCUGUGAUGAACAAGGAUGACCUGGAGCUCAGCGAGGAGGAGCUCAAGAUCAAGAAGAAGGCUCAUAAUAGACUCGCACAGCGUGCCUUCCGUGAAAGAAAGAGAACGGAAUUGAAGGAUUUGGAGUCGAAGUUGCUCCAGAGUGAGGAAGAGAGACAGAAGCUUUUGAAGGUGCUUCAGGAUAUCAAGCUGGCGAAGUCGGACGAGAAUCUUCUACGCUCAGGCGGCGAUCCAACAGCAGGAGGCAUUGACUUUGAAAACUCGAGGUUUUCUUUCCCUAGCUCACAGGAGGAGUUUAUUAAUCAUAUGGUUGACGUUGCUAAACACAAUGUGAAUCCUGACACGGUGAACAAGGUUUACGAGCAGCCUGAGAAUCCAGGACGCAAGGUGCUUGCGGUGGGAGCCGUUUGGGACUAUUUGCAGAUAAAGGCCGAGGAAGAAGGCUACGAAGGUGUUGAUAUGUACGACGUUAUGCAGUUGUUGAAGGGCAGCGAGAAGUGCCACGGAUACGGACCAGCCUACGAACUCGAGCUUGUGAAUGCUUCGCUUGAACAAAUCAGGAGCCAGGUCCAGGGAAACAGAUAG